ACGGACAUUACCGGUUGGUUCCGUUCUGGAUCUCUCCAGCAUUAAACUUCUCGCGAUUAGCCUUUGCUCCCAAAGUUUUCUUCGCCCCGUGAACUCGAAAAUUCUCCGAUCUCUCUCUUUCUUAUAGGUUUCCGUACGAGGACCUCUCAUUGAAGUCUAGUUAGGUUUUGGGAAAUGGCAGACGAUGAGGAGGGAGACGGCACACCGUCCCGUGGAGCUGACUGGGAAGUUGUGUCUCUAACUGCAUCCACCUAUGCUGCUGCACCUGGUCCAAACGAAUUUGACCCAGCUGAUGAGAAUAAAGGCAAGGAGUUCAACAAAAAUGAAAGUGAAUCUUCUGGCAAAUUAUUUAUGUCUGAUCACUUUGUAUUUCCACCAAGUGAGCAUGAGAAUCUACCAAUAGAAAUAGAAUUCAGUGAAAUUCAAAGUGAAGCAGAGGGUCAGAAAGAGAACAUUGCCGAGGAUGAUAAUGAACUCCAUAAAAUGAGUGAAGAAAAUGUGCAAAGUAAAUCUGAUGAUCCCCCACAUGGAAUUCAGUAUGGUAUGGAGGAUGAAGAGGGGAAGGGAUUGCAAGAGAUAAAUUUGAUUGGGGAAGAGCAGGAUAUGUAUCUGGGUCCUGAAUUUAGUUCUUCUCAUGCUGAAACAGGCAGAAGUGAGUCAGUGCCUCAUACUGAGGGCAGUGAGUUCUAUGAACAUUCUCCCCAAAAUUUGGAAUCUCCUCCAAAGUAUGCAAAGAAGAACGAAGAGGAUAAGUCUGAUGAAUCUGGCCUUCCUUGCGAAGCAUGGUGGAAAAGGCAUGCAGCAUCUUUGUAUCGUCAUGCAAAGGAGGCAAACACAUUUUGGUCUGUCUGUGUGGCUGCUGCUUUAAUGGGGUUCGUAAUUCUUGGGCAGCGGUGGCGGCGAGAAAAAUGGCAGCUUCAUCAACUUAAAUUGCGGUUUAGCAUCAAUGAUGAGAGAAUGAGCAGGAUGCUAGGACCGGUAGGCCGAUUCAAAGAUGUUCUUGUGGGUGUUCAUCAAAGGAGCAUCCAUAAUGGUGGUGCAUCGGCCAGCCUUUGAGUUGGUGAUGAUGAUGACGAAAAGCAUGAAGUAUUUGCGCAAGAUGGAUUUUUUUCAGGAAGCCUGGGAAUGUUAAUUACUCUGAGGAGACACCACACUUUUCACUGUUUGUUAUGGUUAUCUUUUCACACAGUUUUUGUGUCAAUUAUCCUGACUUCCUGCUCUUUCUCAUGGAUGUACGUGGCUUUCUGAAGGAGCUAAUACGGUAAAUCCUUCGGUUGGCUUGGCUGCCAUGCUGUAUCUCGGAGCCAGGGUGGAGGCAACAUUUAUAAGGUUAUGAAUAGAAUUGCUAUAUUAGUUUGUCAUUUGAGUGUAAUGCAGCUAACAUGCUGCACCAAAGAAUUAAUCUUUUGACCACCAUAA